CGGCGGUGGCUUUAACGAUUCGCGCUUUAAUUUUUGUGUUUUUUUUAAUCUUAAAAAGUAUUAAGUUUCAAACGUACGAUUAGUUAACGUGCCAGUGUAAAGAUGUGUUUAAGUGCAGUUGCUGCAUUGUGGAGUGAACUGGACAAGCAGCGUUGUUGACUGCUAUAAACAUGGAAGACAACGAGGGGGAUCUGGAUGUCCUGACUUCGCUGCUGGAAGAGGGGUCUCCGCUUUCCAAUGACGUGGACGGAGGUGACACCCGGGUCAACGGAGACGAUCUCCACGAUGAUGGAGAUGACGCUCAGCACAGCGGAGGGCCCCAUCCACCAUGCAGUAACAACAAUGGCACUGAGGCUGAACUGAGCGCCCUGUUUGAUGCCGAAGACAAUGAUGCGGAGGACAGCGAUGCUUUGGUCAUUGACAUUGGUGAACCCGAGGAGUGUGGAGAUGACAUCCGUAAAGCUGAUGGUGAUGUUCCUGCUCCACGCCGGUCUGCGGUUUCAACUCCGCGCUGUGAUGACGGCAAAGAGAACGUGCGGCUGGAGGAGAAGAGCAAGGAAGAGUUAGCUGAGGAGCUGCGUUUGAUGCAGGAGAAAGUCCUGAGACUUCAGCAGCAACUGCAGGAGACAUCCCCACCAGCGGCAUCAAGUGGCGUUUCAUCCCAGCGGAAAGUCGGUGUCAAAAAAACAGAAGUUGCCAAGACUGCUCAUGUCAAAACUAAGUCCCGGCUCGCACAUCAGCCUAAGAGCGGAGGGAGCUCUGCUGCCUCCAAGGACCAUACAAAGACACCAACUGCAAGUCAAGCAGGCACUUGUUCGCAGAGCCCGAUGUCAGUGACCGCCAGCACCAGCGCUGCAGGCGGUGCGACUGCAGGGAAACAGAAAGCCCCAACCACCCUGAGUCCACCUACCACUGCCAGCAGCAGCAGCAGCAGUGGGAUGCAGGAAAACACGGAGGUGGAGAAAUACUCCGGGUACCGGAUUAGGAGGCCUCUUAUCUCGUCUGUGGACAUGGAUAGGAGGAUGGCCGGCCGGCGUAUGAUUCGCCUCUCUCAGCUGCCAGACAAAAUCACGCGCGAUAGCUUGGAUAACAUUGACUGGGUGACCAUCGGCGUGAUCGUACACAAGCACACUCCGCAGAGCGUGAGCAGCGGCAAGACAUUCAGCGUGUGGCGUCUGAUGGACCUGAAGAACAUGGAGGUGUCUGUGUCACUGCUGCUUUUUGGAGAAGUCCACAAGCAGCACUGGAAGACGGACCAGGGUUCUGUUGUGGGCCUCCUGAACCCCACCCUCAUGAAGCCCAAGGAAGGAUACAAUGAGCUGUCCAUAUCUGUGGACCAUCCCCAGAAGGUGAUGCUAAUGGGGGAGGCGAAGGACUUGGGCACAUGUCGCGCAGCCAAACGCAACGGGGACCCCUGCACUCAGCUCAUUAACCUGAUGGAGGGCGAGUUCUGCCAGUUCCACGUGCAGUCGCAGUACCGCAAAAUGAGCUCGCGUCGCUCCGAGCUGCAGGCAGGCUUCACGGGCCGGGAGCCCACGAUGCUACGGGGCCGAGGGCGCGGGGCCCUGGGGCUCAAGGAGAGGAUCUGCCAGCAGGGGUUCCACUACGGGGGGGUCUCGUCCCCCGCUUACGCGGCCAGCGUUGCAUCUUCCACACCUUCCAAAGGCAGCAAAAGCACACAGAUGUCACUGUCUGGGUUCGUGGUGCGAGGCGCAGAUGCUGUGCUGCUGCAGGCAAAGCAGAACUUGGGUAUGGUUCCUUCGAGUGGCAGCGUGACUGGUUGUUCAGAAGAUUUUCAGGGCCUAUUGAAGGCUCCCACACCUGGGGCACUCAAUCUGAAGAAGCAUCUGGUACAGACCUCCACCACAGGUGCUGACGGGAAGCCGAGAGCCAACGUGCAGUCAAUAUCUGCAGCCGAGCUGAUUAGGCAGCAGAAGAGGGGACUGCAGGAUGCCCGUCGCAAGCGCAGCGAGGACCGAGAAGCCAAGCUUCUUCAGAUCGCAGAUACCCCUUCUGCUUCGCGCCACGAAGCAAACCCAGCGACUCCGACGGACACGACGGAGAGGCCAGUCAGACCCGAGCCAGGUGGCAGCAUGUCCUCUUCACCGAUCCCCUUGCCAUCCACCUCGGUCAGGACUCCGCGCAUCGGCAGCGGACUCCGAGAUGGGGACGAGGUUUUCUUGUUUGACUCGCCUCCACAACCGAACAAGCGAGCGUCAAACGCCGAUAGGAAAAAGCUGGCUGCUGUGCAUAAGCUGCGGGCCAAUGGCAAGCAACUGGAAAAGCAGAACCCCAACGCUGUGAAGCGGAAGGUGGCCGGGGAGACGGUGCGAGCCGUCCUGCAGCGCACGGAGGAGGACACCGCCUCCUCCCCAGAAGAGCAAAGCGGUCAGGAACCGGCUUCCAAGCGAGCACGGCGGAACUCGGAGCUCUUUAACUCACCCGAGUUCCAGCAGUUGCUGGCGGCGCGGUCCAAGCACUCGGAUAAAGUGCGGCAGGCAGAGGAUGACCUACAAGAGCAGUACUUCAACGUUCGGGAGAAGAAGGAGCAGAUGGAAGAGAAGAUGAAGAACUUGAAGGAACAAAAGUGCCGUGUUGUGAGCUGCAAGCAGUGCAAGUACACGCACUACAAGGCGCUGGAGACGUGCGUGCAGCAGAUGCACACGCUGUCAUGGCACGACGGCGUCAAGCGAUUCUUCCGCUGUGGCCAGUGCAGCCACCGCACCGUGUCGCUCGACAGGCUGCCCCAGAAACACUGCAAAAACUGUGGGCAGUUCAAGUGGGAAAGGGACUCAAUGUUGAAGGAGAGGAAGGGGCCGAAGAUCGGAGCCGAGACUUUGUUGCCACGUGGCGAAGAGCAGGCAAAGUUUCUCAACAGCUUGGCCUGAGUGUUUGCAGGGAUCAUUUCCAAGAUGGGAUGAUACACUUUGACAUCAAUGAUGUUCUCCCGGAAAGUGUUCAAUACCCGUUGUACUUGUAGUUUUGUGUGGCUAUCGAGUGUGGAACAGUGCUUCUGUACUGAGCCCCAAGGGUUGGAGGGGGCUCAGGUGCUGGGCUACAAAGAUGGUAACGAUUGAACAGGGGCGGCCCCCAUUUCAUUCUUUUUAUCAGGGCCACUGUCAACCACUGGUGGUUGCAUGCAUUUACACACUGCACUGUAUUGACAUCAGCCAUCGGGAGUGAAAAGCAGCUGAGUGUGCGGGUGCUGGUCCCACUGUCCCAUCUGGUGUGUUGUGCCUGCCCAAAUAGGUGCACAAUCAUGAUGCUUGUCAUAGGAAUUCCACCGUGCAAUGAAGCUAACAAUGUGUAUCUGUUACUCUUUUUUAUGAUGUAAGCCAUCGUUUUACCAAAAGUGUAGCGUGUGAAGCUUCCGCUAUGUGAAAGGCCCGGUAAAAAAGUUAUAAAUACUUGGCAGGAGCAUUGUAAUUGUAAAUAAUAGCUUUAUUAUUCUUGGAAGUAACAUGUUUGUGUUUAUGUAGUGUCUUAAGUACUGUAAUUUUACAACAAUUAGGAUUUUUAAUGUAGGAAAACCCAUAACAUUUAUUUGGAUUUGAAAAUGUGAAAAAUUAUAAAACUCCCCAAAUAAUUUUCCCAUUGACUUUUAUAUUAGUAUUUUUGUAUGUAUACAUUCUACAAAUGUUUGCAUGGCUACCGAUUAAUUAAAUCAUUGCUCUCUUAAACCAUGUAUUGGUCACCAUCUUAUUAUACAUCAUGCUGGUUGUACCUCAGAUUGAUUAAUAAUUGCAAUGUGUUUUAUUGGUACAUUCCAGUAUGUGCUGUAAUGCAAUUUCUGUGGAUAGAGCCACUUGAUAUUUGGGUUGGAAUGUAGCAAAUAUUGGAGCUUGGUUUUUUAUCGUUGAAGUAAGCAUUUAAUUGCCAAUGCAUUGAAAGUUACUUUUAAGAUGUCUUUGACCCUGAUUUCCAGGUUUUAGGCAUUC